AUGGACGGUAACUUCGGUGGCUACCUGCCUGGCGGUUACAGCCAGCCGGGUCAGCAGUCACAGCACCAGCAGUCGCAACACCAGCAGCAGCACAACUUGGCAUCGUUUGGCAAUCUAUCGGCCCAGAACCACCAACAGGACUCCUCCCACACGACCCUCCCACCGCUACAGGGCCAGAAUGGCGGCCAGUUCGGCUCGCUGUCCUUCGCACACCCCGGCAGCAAUGGACAUACACCCACAGCGCCACAUACACCCUCCACCAUGUCUAUGCCGCAGAGCGCCACCAGCGCAUACUCCACCAUGUCACCAGCGCAUACACAAGGCUCCAUGCUACCGCCUAGCUCGUUCGGCCAGUCGUAUCCGAUGUCUCAAACCAUGGCGUACCCGUCGUCAACUGCGACUGCAAUGUCAGGCAUGACGGCCGGUGCAGGACUACCCAACAUUCGACCUAUGCCACCUGGCGGCGUAAGCUCUUCCUCGAUGAGUGGGCUUCCCAGCCUGAGCAGCAUUGGCCAAAAUGGUCAACAACCAUCCUUCAUGCAGAACGAGGAGGCACCCACCCACGUUGUGGGCUCUCAGGGCAGACGCGGCGUGCUCCCAAGCGCACCCGGCAGACCAGCUGCUCCAGCGCAAGGUACCGCCACAGCGAAGAGUAUGAUCCCGCAAAAGGACGCCGAUGGCAAAUACCCAUGUCCUCACUGCAACAAGACGUAUUUGCACGCAAAGCAUCUCAAGAGACAUCUGUUACGGCACACUGGUGAUCGGCCAUACAUGUGUCACCUUUGCAAGGAUACAUUCUCGCGAAGCGAUAUUUUGAAGCGCCACUUCCAGAAGUGCUCGAUUAGAAGAGGUAAUCCAACCGGCGCAAACCAUCUCGCUCACCAGCGGCGUACACCCGGCGCUGGCAAUCGCCUGUCUAUCAGUCAACAGGACGGUCCAAUAGGUCUGGCAGGAAUGCCGGAAGUCGCAGGAAGCAGCGCCAAUUAUUCUUCGGGCAUGGUGACAAGUAGUCCAACCGUGAACGGAGACAUGUCUGGCCGACCGUCGCGAGCCAACAGCUUGUCGACUGUAGGCACCAUGUCUCAGCGUAACAGCGUUGCUGGUCUCGGCAUACUCGGAUCAAACGCACCGUCUAAUGGACAGAACGGAACAUCCGCCGGCUACCAGCAACCUCUGCCUGCAUUCAUGCAGUCUGAAAGUAACGGAGGCCACAUGCAGUCAAACUACCCAUACGGCCAAUCUCAUAUGAAUGGCAAUGGGUACAACAACGCUCAGCAGAUGUCUUUUUUAGGCCAGCAGAGCUCGCGGUUCGAUCACAACCACAAUAGUCACUCGCCAUACCAGCAACACACCAACGGCGACACAAACGGCGGCGCCCAGCAGACUGACUGGAGCCGCAUGUUCAACUCUAGUGGACAGGAUGGCUUCAUCGCGCGCCAUCCGCCGAACGCGGGCUCGCAAAUCAAGACCGAGAGCGAUGUCAAACCAAACUACGGCAGCUUGUCUGAAGCGAACGAGUCUUUUUUAGGUAGUCUGUACUCGCAUCCUCCGUUCGGGAGCGAGUACAGUAACUAUGACGAGAACGGGAUUCCAGGCUUUCCGAAUUGGAGUCUGGACGAUCCAUUGCAGGCCAAAGUGGAGAGCCUGACGCAUUAUUGCUUCCCUGAUGGUCCGGAAGCUAUGGCCGGAGAUUCAUCUGCCCAGUUGAUGAACGCAUGUCUUACUGUAGAGAAUAUCAAGCACUUUGCCGAGCACUACAAAUCAUACCAGGGACACUGGCCAACAUUGCACAUGCCGACCUUUAAGCUCACCGAGGCGAACAAUGGACUUGUGCUGGCUAUGAUCGUCAUUGGUGCAGUAUACAGUCCGAAACUAGAUGUCAAUCAGGUCCGACAGUUGAUGGAUUUUGCGCGUAUGACAGUCACCAACAACAGCAGUAUCUACAGCCGUACAAUGACUGGACAGACUGACGGCAUGGGAUCUACUGAAUGGGACAUUGAAGAGCUGCAGGCUCUCCUGAUGCUGCAGACUGUCUUCUCCUGGAACGGCACGCGAAGCCAACGAAAAGCUACUCGCGAGAGCUUCCCGACGCUCGUGCGAAUUGCCAAGGCUAUGAACCUGCUGCAACAAGCUGGCCCGGGUCACUUCGCGUAUAGCCCACUACACAACUGCCAGCACACGCAGAGAGCUCCGAUCAGUGCUGAACACUUCAACUGGCAUGCUUGGCUGGCGCAGGAGCAACGCAAUCGUGUGUUGUAUCAGCUUUACCUGACUGACGCUGCUAUGGUCAUGUUCUUCAACAUGAUUCCGCAGAUCGAUUCGUUGGACAUGCGAUUGAUGCUACCCACUGACGAUGCGGCCUGGGAUGCUCGCGAUAGUCAGGAAUGUGCCAACGCGCUUGGUCUGAACGGACCGCAAGCGCAGUCGAAGAACUUGACAGGCACGCGCCGACCGUCCCAACCAAGCAUGCGAGAUGCCAUGCGCACUCUGAUUGAUGCCGGCGCGAUGUUCAACCCUAGCUCUACGAAUGCCUAUGCCAAAUUCAUACUUGUCCAUGCCAUCAUUGUUCGGAUCAUCGCCUGCCAAAAGACCAUUCUCCUGCAAGAUUCGUCCUUCCAAGGCUUCGUGUUUGGACCCACUGGCAGUGGACCUGCGACUCCACUAUCUCAAAACGACUGGCUCGAUAUGCACAGAGGUCCCCACAGUGCCACCAACAGCGGCCAAGUCACGCCUACCGAAGGUUUCAGCACACAGACCAUGGCUGCUGAGCACGAGAAGCGAAAGCUAGGCAACGCUUUGGACAAGUGGAAACGCAACUGGGACUACGAUAUGGAGUUACAGUACCCUCCCGGCGACAGACAACGGCGCUUCGGAUUCAGCCGCGACGGUGUACAUUUCUUCUACCUCGGCCGCAGCUUCUUCCAGUCUCAAAGCCCUCGAGAUUGGACGCUGGAGGCCGACAAACGCUUUCAGCAAGUCAUGUCUCUGCUGAAGCGAAUCAAGGGUUUCGUCCUCGGCGAUAACGAGACUAAGGGUCAUGAUAUCGGUUCCGUGGGCGACAUUGAUGAUCAGUAUGGGCUCGACGACCUCACUCUGGACAUGAAGUUGCUAUUCAAGCCGUAUAACAGUCUGGUCGACAGCCCUAUUGCUGGGAUCCGGACACAUUGA